AUGGAGUCAACUGCUUUGAAUGGGACGAUGGCCCGGUGGCAGAUUUUACUGUCUGAAUUCGAUAUUGUCUACGUGAGCCAAAAGGCUGUGAAAGGGAGUGCAAUUGCUAACUUUCUAACUAGUAGAGCUUUGGAGGACUACGAGCCGUUGAGUUUUGAUUUCCCAAAUGAAGAUUUGAUGUGUAUAGCGGCUAUGGAAGCAAAUUCACAAGAAGGUUACAGUUGGAGGCUAAACUUUGAUGGAGCCUCGAAUGCUGUGGGCAAUGGAAUUGGGGCAGUCCUGGUGUCCCCGAAUGAAUAUGAAGCAUGCAUCAUGGGUAUUCGUGCAGCUAUAGAGCGAAGAAUCAAAGUGCUAGAGGUCUAUGGAGAUUCAGCAUUGGUGAUAUAUCAGCUCAGGGGUGAAUGGGAAACGAGAGAUCCCAAAUUAAUCAGUUAUCAAAAGUUGGUCAUCGAAUUGAUUAAGGAGUUUGAGGACAUCACUUUUUGCUAUCUCCCACGAGAUGAGAAUCAGAUGGCCGAUGCACUAGCUACUUUAGCCUCCAUGAUCAAGGUGAACAGACAUGAGGAUAUGAAGUCUAUCCAAAUGAGUAUCUAUGAAGACCCGGCUCAUUUUUACAACAUUGAAGAAGGAGAAAUCGAUGAUAGUCCUUGGUAUCAAGAUAUACUACGAUAUGUAAAAAAUCGUGAGUAUCCUGGCUGA